UGAUAAUUUAUAUAUAUUUGGUUAUAUAUCUUUCUAUAUAAAAAUUAUUAAUAAACAUAGGAAAGAUGGAUAUAUUUCUCUUGUGGAAUAUUUUCUUCAAUAAUGACAAUGAAGACGAUGAAGAUGAUUGGCAAAUACACCAUGUCAGAGAACCACAUUUAAAAAUAAAUAAUUAUUAUGAGAACAAUGUUCUUUUGUACUCUGUCACAGAUUUUAAAUCACACUUUCGUAUUACCAGAAAUACGUUUCAACAAUUAAUACAAGAUCUUGGACCAGCUAUAAUUGAAAGAGAUAAUUCGCCUAAAUUACCAGUAGCUAAACAAAUUGCAAUAACUCUUUGGAUUCUUGGUAAUCAAGAAGUUUACAGAUCUGUUGCAAAUCGAUUUGGUACAACAAAAGAUACUGUAUGGCGAUGUGUCUUUAAUGUGGCAUACGUAUUACAAGAACACGUGCAAAUUUAUAUUAAAUGGCCAGAGGUUCAUGAAUUGCUAAAUAUCCAACAAGAAUUUACUGCUAUGAACGGUUUUCCUGGUGUAGUGGGUGUCAUUGAUGGAUGCCACAUUCCUAUUAGUGCUCCUAUUGAACACUCCAAUAGUUAUAUUAAUCGAAAAGGUUUUCAUUCUAUAUUAUUGCAAGGAAUUUGUGAUCACAGAAUGAAAUUUAUUGAUAUAUAUACAGGAAUUUGUGGUAGUGUUCACGAUGCAAGAGUUUGGCGGUUAAGUGAUAUUAAAUAUUUAAUGGAUCAAAAUGUACACAGAUAUUUUCCACAGCAGGGUCAUUUGUUAGCGGAUUCUGCAUAUCCGCUCUCUUAUCAUAUGCUCAUCCCAUAUCGUGAUAAUGGCCAUUUGAAUCGUAUACAACACAAUUAUAAUACUAAAUUGUCAAAAACUCGUGUUAUAAUCGAAAGAGCGUUUGGAAUGUUAAAAGGGAGAUUCCGGAAACUUAAAUAUGUAUAUAUGUAUAAUACUGAAAUGGUACCUUUAAUUAUACUUGCGUGUUGUGUUUUGCAUAACAUAUGUAUCGACAAUGACGAUGAACCUUUUUAUAAUAUUUUGGAGCCACUGAACGAAAAUGAAAAUGAUUAUCAAAAUGCAAUUAUAGAAGCCGAAGAAAAACAAGAUAUUAUUGCGCAAUUAUUGGUUUAAUAUGCAAGUAUUUUUUAAUUAUUACA